CAGAAAUGAUUCUGUCGAUCGUUUCUUAAACACAAAAACUUAGUAGCUACCGCGGAUUCGUGACAAUAUGUGAAUUUAGAAGAAAAUAUUCUUUGUUGCAGAUGCUGUGGCGCGCUAGAUGCAUUCCGGUGUGCACCUUUCAUCAUUCCGUGAUCACCACACCGUUCAUGUGCCCACAUAAAGUGUCCACAGGGAUGUGCUGUGUUCGGUCGAUGAUGCUUCUAAUUUCGAAAAUAGUUAUUUUCAUGACGAUGAAAGAAAUCGCAUCUCACGUGAUCUUGCAAAGUAUUGAAACAAAUAACCCCAUCACCAACGAGGCAAUGUACGCAGACUAUCCGUACCUUCGGGAACUAGACAUGAGCAACCAAAUGACCUUUGAGUUUCCCGAGAAAAAGAUUUUGCUUAUUCACCACAGCCUUUCGGUAUACAUUUGCAAUAAUUGUGGAGUGACGUCCAUCUACCACGAAACUUUUUCGAAAUUACCACAUCUUACGUCGAUAGAGUUGAGAAAUAAUUCCAUGAAAUACGUUCAUCCCGACGCUUUUAUGCAUAACAACCGAUUGGAUAAAAUUGAUUUUUCCGGCAACAAACUAGUCACAUUGAACCCCGAGGCCACCCUACGGCAUAUUUCAUCCUUGUCAAUAAUAAAUUUUAGCCAAAAUCCGGGGAUGGACAUGAACAGAGUAAAACUGGCAAGCGAUAGACUUAUGAUCUUGAGCUGCAACAAUUGUGCAACAACCUUCCUGGGCCGAAACACGUUUGCCGAUAUGCCGAGAAUUUCACAGAUCGACUUGAAGGAAAAUUCAAUUGGUCAAAUCUUCGAUGAUGCGCUGGAGUCACUGGAGUAUGUGAAAAGUCUGAACAUCGAUGGUAAUCGCAAUCUGCAAACAAUGAGCUUCGCGUCCAAAACGCUGAAAAGGCUAAGCGCCGAGAACUGUUCUCUGGAAGGGACGCUACAGACUUCGAAUUUGCCAGCCCUGAAAAUCGCCAAAGUGCGAGGAAACCGACUAACACAUCUCGACGAGCUUGUACCAUACUGUUCACCGUACUGUUCGCAACUAUCUGCUACAGUAUCGCAAUAGUAUGGUAUAACAUCAUGUAUCUUCUUUCAUUGUACCAUCUGUACAAUUACCAUAAGUAUAAUAGGCGGUCAAGUUAUGUUCCAAUAAAAAAUGCAUUGCUCGAACAAAAUUGCUCGUUUACAGCUUGAAACAUUUUUUUAAUCUUCGUUUAUUCGGAAGGCUCGAGCGCCCUUGAGCAUAACAGAGCCGAAAUCAAUAUUGUAAUAUAAUAAUAAAAAGUAAUUAAAUAAAAAUACAAAAUAACAAUAUUACAA